AUUUCAAUGCGGUGUGGUAAUUAGCCAGAACGGAAUGAUGAGGCUGCAAACAUAUGCCGGCGUCAGCAUAGUCGCUAUGCUAGCUGUUAUUUAUCAUGCAUUUAACAGUAGAGGCCAGUUUUAUCCUGCUAUGGUGUAUUUAUCAACCUCGAAGAUCAGCUUGGUGCUGCUUCUCAACAUGGGGCUCGUCUUUAUGUGCACCUUAUGGCAAAUAACCAAGUGGAUAUUCCUUGGUUCCCUUCGUGAAGCCGAGGUCGAGCGAUUAAAUGAGCAGUCGUGGAGAGAGGUCAUGGAGAUCCUCUUUGCGAUCACUAUAUUCCGGCAGGACUUCUCCGUUCCAUUCCUCACGAUGGUUACUGCUCUGUUGUUAAUCAAGGCUUUGCAUUGGUUGGCACAGAAAAGGGUUGAGUACAUUGAAACAACCCCUUCUGUCCCUAUGUUGUCUCAUGUUCGGAUUGUUUCUUUUCUGGGUUUCCUUCUUGUUCUAGAUUGUCUGUUUUUGUCCAGCUCAAUCAAGUUUCUGAUCGAAACACGGCAAGCGUCAGUUUCCCUAUUUUUUGCAUUUGAGUACAUGAUAUUGGCAACGACUAUAGUGUCAACUUUUAUAAAAUAUUGUUUCUAUGUAAGUGACAUGCUUAUGGAAGGACAAUGGGAAAAAAAGCCUGUAUAUACCUUCUACUUGGAGCUCAUCCGGGACUUGCUUCACUUGUCUAUGUAUUUAUGCUUCUUUCUUGUGAUUUUCAUGAACUAUGGCGUACCUCUUCACUUGAUACGGGAGCUAUAUGAAACCUUUAGGAAUUUCAAAAUUCGUGUUGCUGACUUCAUGCGUUAUAGGAAAAUCGCUUUGAAUAUGAAUGAUAGAUUCCCUGAUGCAACCCCUGAGGAGCUCACUGCAAACGAUGCAACUUGUAUUAUAUGCCGUGAAGAGAUGACCACAGCAAAGAAGUUAAUCUGUGGACAUCUUUUUCAUGUGCACUGUCUUCGAUCAUGGCUGGAAAGACAGCAUACCUGCCCUACAUGUAGAGCUCUGGUUGUACCACCUGAAAACGGAACAAGUUCAUCCAAUGCUCAAGGGCAAGGGUCCGGCACAAGUUCAGCUAGACAAGGUUCUGACGGUGACAUGGCCGCUGAGAAUUUGACCCAGAAUCAGGCCAGGCUUCAGGCUGCUGCCUCUGCAGCAUCAAUAUACGAGAGAUCUUACGUCUAUCCUUCUUCAAACACUCUAGUUUGGUCUCCUGGAUAUGCUGUACUUCCCAAGGCUCUCGGGUCAUUGGCCGAUUCCAUGAAAGUUGAAGCUAACGGCGCAAGCACAUCCACCGGAGAACAAGUUGCCAUUCCCGGUGGACAAGCUAGCAUGCCAUUUCCACAAUUCCCGCAUUAUGCUUGUGUUCCUUUCCAAUUACCUUUUGCUAAUGGUAACUCGGGAGAGGCAUCAAGCGGUAACUCGAACGUUGCAGAUUCUCACUUGGAAGCUCAGAAAAAGAUAAUUCAGCAACAAAUCGAGGUGCUGCAACACCAGCUCAAACUCCUACAGAUGCAGAAGCCGAAAAUCGAAGGAAGCACGGACACUGGUCUCGCUGCCUCCUCGGAUAGAAAAGGAAAAUCCAUAUCUUCGUCUUCUCCGGAAGACUGAAGAAAAGUAAGUUCC